AUGGCUUAUUAUGGAAAAAGCCCAACCAGCUCCUUCUUAGAAGGGUUUUCCUUAAGUCCUCUGCCCUACCCAGUUCUCCUAAUCCUAGCAGUAAUCUCCAUCUUCUUAGGCAUCUCAUGGUACUCCUCCAUUGAGUCAGUUGUGGACAAAGUUGGAGUGCAAUUCAAUUGGGUGUUUUUGCUCACACCAGUAGUUCUCAUCCUCAUUGUGAAGGCGCUCUCAUAUAUGGAUCCUGAUUGGCUCUUCUCCAUGUCGCUGUGGGAACAACGCCGGAGGACUCACCAUAUACCUUCAGAAGGAAGCUCACCUUGGGGUGUUGCUGCUUUCAUUGUGCUCUUACUUGUUUUGCUGAAUUACCAGUCAUUUUUUCGUGAUAGUUGGCUCUUUUAG